GUCAUCUUGCCCUAUCUCAAAAGGGCCCGGUUGGAGUCGAUUAGGCAUUUUGUAGGCAUAAAAGUCGAUCGCCAACUCAUCACCGCAUUGGUGGAGAGAUGGAGAAAGGAGACACAUUGUUUCAACUUUCGCGAAGGAGAGUGCACCAUCACACUCAAGGACGUCGCCAUCCUAACUCAUCUGCCUAUCGACGGCAAAGCGGUGUGUGUGAGUGAUCAUCCCCCCGAGGAUCGUGACGGUAUGACCGGUUGGCAGUAUUUCAUCCACAGUGUUUUGAGGAAAGGCCAAAUAUCAAUCACUUGGUUGACGAAGUAUUUUAGGGACCAUCACGAUCCUGAAAAAGAUGGGGUGCCCCUAAUCGAGGAAAGUCUGGAGCUGGAGAAGGAAAUAUAUGAUUGUGUCUAUCUCAUAGGCAUGAUAGGAUGA